GAUGAGAUGAUGAAUGAACUCACUCAACAACUUAUAGUAGGCUCUAUAAAACUUUUCCGUAUCUUUUUCUAAGUUGGGAUUUUGUUUUUUCUGUUUUUAUUUUUUAUUUUUUCCCAAAAUAAAUCUCUUGAGACAGUGAUCGCUCUUUCUACUUAUAAAUAAGCCUAGGUUUCUUUCUUUCUAUCUCAAUAUUGCAGCCUCUCGAAAAAGCUGCGAUUUUUUUUUUUCUUUCCUCAAUUUGAUACAAUACCUUCGCUUUGUUCUAUAUAAAGGCAAAUCCACCUUCAAUUACCUUAACUUCUUCCAAAUACUCUCACUACUAUUCUAUCACUUUCAAUCAAUUCUUUUUCUUCCCCUUCUUGAUUUUUCUCUUUAGAUUGUGACUUGUUUGGUUAAUUGCGAAAUAUGGGCGAGGAAGUUGUGAGUGUGAGAGAGUUCGACCCAAAUAAAGAUAGAGAGAGUGUGGAAGCCGUUGAAAAAAUAUGCGAGGUUGGACCCAGUGGAAAACUUUCCCUCUUCACUGACUUGCACGGUGACCCAAUUUGCAGGGUCCGAAAUUCACCAACUUUUCUCAUGCUGGUAGCCGAGAUAGGCAAUGAGACUGUGGGAAUGAUAAGAGGUUGCAUCAAAACCGUUACAUGCGGGAAAAAACUCAUCAGACCAACAAAAAAUACCAUUACUAACAAUGGCAACAACACCGAAUCAAAUUCCAAAAAUGUCCCUGUCUUCACAAAACUCGCCUACAUACUAGGUCUCCGUGUUUCUCCAAAUCACAGGAGAAUGGGAAUAGGGCUAAAACUGGUAGAAAAAAUGGAGGAAUGGUUCAGAGAGAAUGGAGCGGAGUAUUCAUACAUGGCAACGGAAAAUGACAACGUGGCGUCAGUGAAACUUUUCACCGACAAAUGCGGUUACUCAAAGUUUCGUACACCAUCUAUUCUCGUUAACCCCGUUUACGCUCACCGUGUUAGAAUCUCAUCAUCUAAAGUAACCAUAAUAAAACUAACUCCAAACGACGCCGAAGCACUCUACCGUAACAAAUUCUCCACCACCGAGUUUUUUCCUCGUGACAUUGAUUCCGUUUUAAAAAACAAACUCACCCUCGGAACUUUCCUUGCCGUCCCAACUAGUGGAUCCACUUAUGGGCCCAACAACUGGCCAGGCCCAGAUGUUUUUCUAAAGACUCCACCAACUUCCUGGGCCUUAGUCAGUAUUUGGAACUGUAAAGACGUAUUUACCCUGGAAGUAAAAGGCGCGUCGCGUGUGAGACGCGCUAUGGCUAAAACAACUCGCGUGUUGGACAAGGCUUUUCCGUGGCUACGAUUACCUUCGAUUCCGAACUUUUUCGAACCGUUUGGGUUUCACUUAAUGUACGGAAUUGGAGGGGAAGGACCGGAGGCGUUGAAAAUGGUGAAAGCUUUGUGUGGUUUCGCUCAUAAUCUUGCUAUGGAGCGUGGGUGCAGUGCGGUUGCUACUGAGGUUUCGAGCAAUGAACCUCUACGGUUCGCUAUUCCUCACUGGAAGGUUCUAUCGUGUGAAGAGGAUUUGUGGUGUAUUAAGAGACUUGGGGAAGAUUAUAGUGAUGGUUCUGUUGGUGAUUGGACUAAAUCUGCACCUGGAUUUUCCAUUUUUGUUGAUCCUAGGGAGUUUUAAUUUUUAAAUUAGAACAAAGUAGGUAUAUCCUUCUAGAGCAAAAAAAAAUAAUAGUAAGUUUUUUGUUUUUAGUUUUUAUUUUAUAUUUUAUAGUUUUAGUGAGGGAGUUGUCAUAUCAUGUCGGUUGGAUGUGAAUUUUGAUUGUAAAUGAACAAGGAAUAGAAUAUCCCUCUUUCUCUUUUUAUA